GACUUAAGAGUCCAUAAAAGAGCUAUAUAAGCCUGAACCAUUAGGAUGAUCUGCACACAGGGGACAGAUCACAAAGAUGAAGCUGUUUGCUGUCAUCACCCUUCUUCAGCUGGGGGCUUUCUGUGCGCUUGCCACUGAACCACAGCUCAACUUAAAAGAAAUAGUAGAAAAAAGUGGAAAUACUAAGAAAACAUCUCUUUUGAACCCGCUCCUAGAGGGUAAAGUCCCACCUCUAACAAAGAAUGAUCCAAUUGAUGGCCCACUUACACCUCAAGAGCUUGAGGAACCACUGAGCUUUUCAAAUCUAUUUGGCGAGAAUGUCAAUCUGAACUGGACCAAGUGGGAGGGCUCUCUUCCCCAGGGUGCAGUUGGCAUCUAUAAUGGCUACACAAAGCGUUCUGAUUACAUCUGCAAAUACAACUGUGAAGCAGGUUUUUACACUCCCAGCAAAGGCCCCUACUGUAACUACCCCUAUGGCAACAGAGAAUACCACGCCCCUGAAUUUGAAGUUUUAGUUAACGUUGACAAUUUUGAGUUUGUGGAAUGGAAGGAAGGUUCAUAUGGCUCAUUGCCAAAGCAUCCCAUCAGAACCUGUGGAGGUGUUGGCAUUUUUGUUGGUAAAAAUAAGUAUGGGCUUGGUAAGGUUGUACCCCAGUUUGAAGCCUUCUUCCUGCCAUGGGAGGGUGACGAGUACUGGUACAAGAAAUAUGAAGUUCUGACCAUCAACCGUGAUGUCUACACCCAACAUAUCUCCCAUGUUGAAUAUGGUAUUGAUGAAGUUGAGCUUUUCCACUAUCCACCAGAGACCAUGAGGAUCUCUAGUGUCACCAACAAUGACUGCCAGACAGUAACCAAGACAGUGACCAUCUCCAAGACGACGGAGGUGGAAAGCACAUGGAACAUUGGCCGCACCACCAUGCUUGGUGUCACAGCAGGCAUCACUGCAAAGAUCCCUCUGAUUGGGAGUGGUGGAGUGGAAUUUACUGCAGAAAAGUCCUUCCAGUUCAACCGUGGCACUACCCUAACAGAAGCUCUUAGUCAUGAAGUGUCAGUUCAGCUUACGGUGCCACCCAAUCACUCUUGCACUGCACGCAUGGAGGGUCGUAAGAUGACUGCUGACAUCCCCUUCAAAGCAAAGCUCAGUCGAACAUAUGCCAAUGGAGAGACCCAGUGGACUUCCAUCAAUGGUGUCUAUGAUGGCAUACAGAUAGGAGAGGUCAGAGCAGUGGUGGACCGCUGUGAGCCUAUUCCAGAUGCUAAGCCAUGUCCAUCAGCUGCGUAGUAUAAUGAAUAAUUACAUAAGCCAGUAAGCAUUAACUAUCUGGCAAAAUGUUAUUGUAAUUAUUAUAUAAAUGGUAAAUUGUUUAUGACUAGAAUUACUGGAACAGUUGUGUUUUUUUUGUAAUAACACGUAAUAAAUUUGUGACUUAACACUCUGAUAAGAACCCUUCUUGAAGUGUUUAAAA